AUGUCAACUCCACAGUUGUUAUCACGAAAGGCAAACGGCACUACAGCAGUCGCCCAGUCUUCAGCCGAUUCCCCAAAAGCAACCAAGACCAAGGCACACGCCAAUGGAGAAAAAGUCGUGAUCCGUCGCCUACCACCAGGUCUCACCGAAGCAGAGUUCCAUGCCAUUUUGGGCAAUGAAUGGAAACUCGGAGAUGGCAAGGUCGACUGGUACAAGUGGUAUCCUGGUAAGGUCUCGCAACACCCUUCAAAACCGUCGACACCAGCUCGGGCAUAUCUCCAUGUCUCGCAGAGAGAUCAGUUGCCAGAACUCCUCCGCAAGGUACAAGAGGCCAAGUGGGAAGAUGCGAAGGAGACCUACAACGAUCCAGCCCUUGUCGCUCCACCAACCGUCGAGUUCUCCGUCUACAAGAAGAUUCCCAGCGAGAAGAAGCGUGUGGACGGCCGACAAGGGACCAUCGAUCAAGACCCGGAGUUCAUGGCUUUUCUGGAGAGCCUUGCAAGCCCAGACGGGAACAAAGAGGGUGUCACUGCUGAACCGGAGCCCGAAGAGGAACCCGAAAAGACCACCACGACACCUCUGAUUGAGUAUCUGAAGGAGAGGAAGGCUGCCAAGGCAAAGGAAAUCGCUGCUGCUAAGAUCGCAAUGAAACAUGCCAGAACGGAGUCACUGACUGGGAAGGGCAAGGCACCAGCUACCAGUGCUGAGGAACCCAAGAGGAGAAGCACCCGGGACAGAGAGUCGAGAACCGAAAGGGAGAGGGCCACCGAAAAGGCACCCGAGAGGCCCAGGGAGUCGGUCAAGAUCUUGACCAAGAAGGCUGUUGCCGCUGCAGAGGCUGCCGCGGAGGCUGCUAAGGUGGCAGCCAUCCAAAAGUCAACUCAGUCCAGCGCACCAUCCGCGUCUUCGGAGGCUCCAUCGAAGAGCCGUAGGGCAGGCAUUGCUGCUGCUGCGCGUAUCCUACAGCGUGACCUGGGUCUGAGCUCUAGCAACGCUCACCGCAAGGCCAGAAUGGAUGCAGCCAAAGCGGAUGCCGAUAGCAAGGGCAGUGCUGCGAAGGGACCAGCGAAGGAAAAUGUCCCAAUCGCUCCUGAGCCAGCACCACCCGCCCCUCCUGCUCAGCCGUCGUCAUCUGCUCCACCCAGGUCGCAACAACAACAACAACAACAACAACAACAACAACAACAACAACAGCAGCAGCAACCAACAGCUUCUUCCAAUAGGUCUCGCAACAGAAGACGGGGCGGCGGUGAUGAGGGUGGAAAGUCAAAGGGGGAUAAUAAAGCCGACAAGCAGGCCGACACAACGCCUCCGGCACCAGCACUUGCACCAGCCAAGCCUGUGCUUCUUCUCAAGAAAAAAGAGACACCACAGGCCCAGCGUCAGCAGCCAUCAGCACCUGCCACUCCUGUUUCGGCUACGGCAUCACAGUCUACACCGACGACAGCCGCACCCUCCCAACCUGGUGCACCGAAAAAUGCACCAGCAAAGCAUGGCGGUGGCGGCCGAGAUUCCAAGAAGAACGCCGGACCUGCUCCCAGUUCAGGCGCGACACGAGCUUUCAUUAAGCAUGCAAACCACUCACAGGGUGUCACCGAGGCGCUGCUCAAGGAUGCCUUGUCGGCGUAUGGCACUGUUACUUCAGUGGAUAUUGAUCGCAAAAAGGGGUUCGCGUAUGUCGAUUUCACAGACCAUGCUGGGCUCGCCAAAGCUAUGGCCGCCAGCCCGGUCACGAUUGCGCAGGCUACAGUGCAGGUGCUGGAGAGGAAGGAUAUGACGGCUAAGAAGGGGGGGCAGUCGUCGGGUUCUACCCAGGGGAAGAAUGCCGCUGCCUCUGCUUCUGCUACUACUGCGUCUACGCCAACCCCAGCUCCUGCGCCGGCAGCUGUGUCGAACAGUACCGCGCCGGAGAAGCCUGCUGGGGAGCAGCAACCGAAGGAGAGCAGGCGUAACCCGCGUCGGAGCAAGCGUGGUGGUCGGGAUAACAAAGAUAAGGAUGGGAAGGAGGGUGGUGGAAAGGGUGGUGGUGGAGGUGGCUCUGCACCUGCUGCCGCUGCUGCUUCUUGUUAA